AAUGCCGAUAUUACUCCAACCAAUCUUUCGGCCGGGUAGCUCGCCCCUCCGCCGGUUGUCUCCGGUGCCUUGGUCCGCAGGCGCUGCUGGUUCUGCUGUAACCGGGAAGCUCCUACCCUCAUCACCUCCGUUCGCUUUGGCUUCCUCCUAUAUGAGGGAAAAAGAUUCACCAUUGUGCCAAACAUGGUUCACUGCUUAAGUUCAUUUCUGUUAGGAUGAUGGCAGCAAGGAAAAUCAUAAGAAAAUGCAUCUUAAGCAUUUGUCCAUUUAUUUCAUCCAGAAUUACCUUGCCAGGAAGCUUGAUCUUGACCAUAAGCUGAGGUGGGUAUCAUGUGCCACGGCCAAUUGGAGUUUGUCUACGUAAGGUUGACUUUCUGGCUCAAUGAAUGUUUAAAGAUGGAUCCUCAAGAUUCCAAGGGACGUUCAGGAACUUAGGUGAUAUCCAGGGGGUAAAAUGCAAAAGACAAUAAUUUUAAAAAUAAGCCCCUCUUAUUACUAAAUAUAACAUCUUCGUGCUCCUCGACCCGCAUAUUAAAGUAAUGAAGAGGAGGCGAACCGCUUCUGCUGUGGGUGCUUCCAUUCACAGCUCCGAACCUCACGGACGCCAUCGGAAGGCCGCCACCACCUCCUCCUCCGCCGACGACGCCGCCACCACCACCUAACUCUAGGGUUCCUACUUCUCGCCUCCAAGUCGGGACUUCUCAUAUUCCACUGAUGCCCUAAAGAUGGGACUUUUAGGGUUAAUUUAGAGAUGGAGGAGGUGGAGAAAGCAAGCAGAGCUGCAGUGGAGAGUUGCCACAGAGUCUUGAGCCUCCUCUCCCGGCCUCAAGAUCAAGCCCAAUCUGGAAAUUUGUUGUCUGAGACAGGAGAUGCUAUUGCAGGUUUCAGAAAGGUUAUCUCUUUGCUGGGCAAAAGUUCUGGCCAUGGAAGAAUUAGGGUUGGCAACAAAGUUGCAUCCACCUCCAAUCAUAAGCUCUUAUUGGACCAUCAGUUGUUACCCAAGAUGGAUCACACUUCCAACCCACCACAACUCCAAAGAGAAAUUUUAGAGGCGAAAAUACAAGUUUUGGAUUCGAGUGCUAGGAACCAAUUCCGAGCAUCUCAAAGAAGCUUCCUUGAGAACCAACUCAAUCAACAAGCUUUGUCUCCGAGUGAACACCAAUUUCUUCAGCACCAACCGCAGCAUGAUCCAAGGUUUCGAUUUCCCCAGAAGAUGAAUCAUCAGGCAGACAUGUUUCAGAGGAGUAAUUGCAUCAUUAACUUCAAAUUUGAGGGUUCGAGUCACAUGCCAUCUACCUCAACCACUAGAUCCUUCUUGUCGUCGCUGAGCAUGAAUGGCAGUGCAGCGAGCAUGGAUGGAAAAUCAUUCCAUCUAAUUGGUGGACCAGUAUCAUCUGAUCUAAUGAACCUACACCAUCCUCCUAAGCGGAGGUGUGUGUGUAUAGGGGAAGAUGGAAAUGGAAAAUGUGCCACGACUGGUCGGUGUCAUUGCUCGAAGAGAAGGAAGCUAAGAAUUAAGAGGUCCAUUAAGGUGCCUGCUAUCAGUAAUAAGCAUGCUAGCAUCCCUUCCGAUGAGUAUUCUUGGAGGAAGUAUGGGCAAAAGCCAAUAAAGGGCUCCCCUUAUCCUAGGGGAUACUAUAAAUGCAGCAACAUGAGGGGCUGCCCUGCAAGGAAACAUGUUGAAAGGUGUGUGGAAGACCCUUCGAUGCUCAUUGUUACCUACGAAGGCGAGCACAACCACACCCGAUUGAUAACUCAGCCUGCCCAGAUGUAACAACUUUAAAAGAGAUUUCUUCAUCAGUAAUGCUGCCCCUGGCAAAGAUCUGUCAUGCCACCUUCCUUUUUGGGGUCACAACGCCACAUGCCAAGGGUCGGGACACGAGCUGCACCAAAUUCCAGCAUCUUCUUCCUCGAGUGAGUGCUAAUGUAUUAAAAUGUUAUCGAAACACUGAUCCAGAAAUGGGAAGUAGAAUCAAUGUCACAAAAGCAGAACUUUGUGAAGUUGAGAAUGGAGAAUGAGUCAGGCAGUGGAUUUUUGUGGUUCUGCAUUCCACUUCA